AUGCUGUCCGCAGAUUCACAGCCGAGUGUUAGCGGAGACCCAGCCGCCUCACCGAACCAGUCGCCCGCUAAACGCGCGGUCAGCGCGCUCUGGUCCUUCGGAAAAUGCCUCGGCGCGCUUCUGCCGGUCUACCUGGCCGGAUACUACGGGCUCAGCAUCAGCGUGGUCCUGUUCGCCGCGAUGCUCUACAUAGGAUGGAAACACAGCCGACUGGAGAAAGUGACGAGGCUCAAGUCUGCCAUGUACAUUUUGGAGAACGAGAGGGAAAUCACCUCCGAGAAGGUCUUCAGGACCAAAAGGGUUUUACCUCCAUGGGUCAGCUUUCCAGAUGUGGAAAAAGUGGAGUGGGUGAACAAGAUCCUGCAGCAGGCCUGGCCCUUCCUCGGUCAGUACCUGGAGAAGUUGAUGGUUGAUACUAUUGCUCCUGCCAUCCGAGCCUCUAGCAUUCAUCUGCAGACAUUCAGCUUCACCAAGGUCAACCUCGGCGAUAAGGUGCUGAAGGUCGUUGGCGUGAAGGCUCACACAGAACAUGAUAAGCGACAAGUUCUACUGGACUUGUACCUGAGUUACGCUGGAGAUGUUGAGAUCAAUGUAGAAAUUAAAAAGUACUUCUGCAAGGCAGGCGUGAAGGGAAUACAGCUUCAUGGAAAACUUCGUGUUAUCCUCGAACCUCUCAUCGCAGACAUGCCACUGGUUGGCGCCAUCACGCUGUUCUUCAUCCGCAGGCCUAAGCUAGACAUCAGUUGGACUGGGCUGACCAACCUGUUGGAUAUUCCUGGACUGAAUGCCAUGUCGGACACUAUGAUAAUGGAUGCAAUAGCCUCCCACCUGGUGCUCCCCAACCGUCUCACUGUUCCUCUGGUGUCUGACCUACGCACUGCAGAGCUCCGCUCACCUCUUCCAAGGGGUGUUGUGCGCAUCCACCUGCUGGAGGCCGAGGAUCUCACUGCAAAAGACACAGUUAUCAAAGGGUUAAUCAACGGGAAGUCGGACCCCUACGCUGUGCUGCGUGUGGGAACCCAGAUCUUCACCUCUCAUCACGUGGACAGUAACCUGAACCCUCAGUGGCGGGAGAUGUACGAGGUGAUUGUCCAUGAAGUACCUGGUCAGGAGUUGGAAGUGGAAGUGUUUGACAAAGACCCAGACCAGGAUGACUUCCUGGGGAGGGUCAAAGUGGAUCUUGAUAUUGUAAAGGAACACAGAGUCGUGGAUGAUUGGUUCAAUCUGAAGGACGUUCCAUCCGGCAGUAUUCACCUUAGACUGGAAUGGCUCUCUUUGCUGCCUUCUGCUGCCAAACUUAAUGAGGUAAUCCAGAUUAAUCAGAACCUGACAAGUAAGAUGUCUGAUCCUCCCUCCGCUGCCAUCCUCGCCAUCUACCUUGAUCAAGCCUACGAACUGCCUAUGCGAAAAGGCAAUAAAGAUCCAAGCCCAAUGGUACAGGUUUCCAUUCAGGACACAACAAAAGAGAGCAAGACUUGCUAUGGGACCAACAACCCUGUGUGGGAGGAUGCCUUCACUUUCUUCAUUCAGGAUCCUCACAAACAAGACAUUGAUAUUCAAGUUAAGGAUGACGAUCGUGCUCUGUCCUUGGGCAGCCUGACUAUUCCUCUCACUCGUCUUCUAGCAAGCCCUGAACUCACCAUGGACCAGUGGUUCCAUCUGGACAAUUCAACUCCUUCCAGCCGCAUCUACAUCAAAGUCGUGCUGAGGGUGCUGUGGCUAAAUGAUGAGUCCUCUUCAGCAACCCCGUCUCCUCGCCCUUCAGCAUCGGGGUCCGUGACGGGUCACGGGGGGAUAACAGCAGAACUGAAUCCUACGGGACCCGGUGGGUCAGCUAAACCUCAAUCUGUACGACCCCAGCACACCACCCCCGACCCAGACUUUGCAACUGAGGGAGUGUUGCGCAUUCACCUGCUGGAGGCCCAGAACCUUAUAGCUAAGGACAACUUCAUGGGGGGUAUGGUGAAAGGGAAGAGCGACCCCUAUGUCAAGAUCCGCGUGGCGGGAAUCGCCUUCCGCAGCCACACCAUCAAGGAGAAUCUCAAUCCCAUCUGGAAUGAACUCUAUGAGGUGAUUUUAACCCAACUUCCUGGUCAGGAGAUCCAGUUUGAGUUGUUUGACAAGGACAUUGAUCAGGAUGACUUCCUCGGAAGGUUCAAGCUAAACUUACGAGAUAUCAUCAGUGCACAGUUCAUAGACACGUGGUACACUUUGAAUGAUGUGAAGUCUGGUCGGGUUCAUCUGGUGCUGGAGUGGCUGUCCAGAGUCUCUGACCUAAGCAGAGUAGAACAGGUACUGCAGUACCAGUCCCAGCAGUCCUACCAGAACAAGGUUGUGCCAUCGGUGGCUGUGCUGUUUGUGUAUGUAGAGCGUGCUCAUGGAUUACCGUUGAAGAAAAGCGGAAAGGAGCCAAAGGCUGGGGCAGAGAUUACCCUCAAAAAUGUAGCACACCGAACCAAGGUAUGUGAGCGUUCAACAUCACCUCGAUGGGAUGAAGCCUUUCACUUCUUAGUUCGUGACCCCAGAGAGGAAACGCUGACAGUUAAACUCUCCCACAAUUGGGGCCAAGCGCUGGGUUCCUUGUUGAUUCCUCUCAGAGAGGUGCUGGUUGAGCCCGGUUUGGUGUUGGACCGCUGGCUGAACCUGGACGGAGCUCUGCCAGAGAGCCAAAUAUUACUGAGAGCCACACUCCAGAUCUUGGACACUCAGCUGGCAUUGUGUCGCAAGGCUCCAGGAGACACAGCCGAUGACAUCAGCGGAGAUGAAAAUGUUCAUGUCAUUCCCAAAUGGGAUCCGUCCCAUCUUGACCUGAAACACAGAACUGGAUUCUCCAUAGUCAGCGAACCUGCAAACACAACAGGCCAAGUAAAGCUUACACUUGCCUACUCCACUGAGGAGAGCAGACUUUUCAUCACCGUUCACUCGUGCAGAGCCCUGACAGCUUGCUCCAAGGAUGGUGCAGACCCCUAUGUGUCCUUCAUCCUGCUGCCAGAUAAGAAGUCUACCACCAAGAGGAGAACUGCCACAAAGAAGAGAGACCUCAACCCAGAAUUCAAUGAAAGAUUUGACUUUGAUUUGUCUCUGGAGGAGUCCAUGCAGAGAAGGCUGGACUUGUCUGUGAAGAACAGUGUCUCCUUUAUGAGCAGAGAGAGGGAGCUUAUUGGAAAGUUGCAGCUGGACUUGGACCAACUCGACCUCAAGACUGGUAUCACGCAAUGGUAUGAUCUGGUUGCAGAGACCAACUAGAAGAAUGGUGAUCUUCAGUAUUACUUCUGCACUUGGCAUUUGUGUUGCUUUAGUGAUCUGUGAUUGUCUUAAUAUAUUCAGCUUCAGUAACAUUUUGACUAUCGCUGGAAAAAAUACAAUGACCACAUGUUGGCUUCACAAUAGCACAAUCAAUCCGUAUUUAUGAGCAGAGGCUCUUCACAUGCUUAUCGUGCAUAAAGUGUUAAUUGUGCUGUAGCCAUGCUUGGAUAUAUUCUUCAGUACAAUACUCUAGCUGAAUAGAUAUUUAAUAUUAAUGCAACUAUGUUGCAAAACCUACCAAAUUUAUCUUUGUAAGUUCAAAAGCAUGCAAAAAAAAAAUCCUUUGGAAGUUUACUUACAAAAGAUCUUAUACUGUGAUCAAUAUUUAAAUGUAUAACAGAGUGGAUUUAGAGCCUCCAAUCUAAAGUGGUUCCUUUGAGAUUAAUUUUUUACAGACUUAAAUGAAUUCCAUAUCUUUUUUCAUGUAUGUUUAUCUUAUUGCCUUAAGUAUUAAAAAACAGUGCACAGUUUCCAAUGAUUAUGUUCCAAAUGAAGUUUUAUAUGUUUUAAUCACAACUUUCUGAAAACUGAUUUUAUAAAUCAAAGCAUUACAGAUUGCAGACUGUCAUAUUUACUGCUGUAAACGGAGGUUAUGAUACUGUAAGCAGAGUCAGGAUCACUGUGCGUUUAUCAAGACAAAACUGUGUACAUGCUGCAUGGGCAGAAACGCUGCCAGAGUUUUAGCUCUCAGGCUUCUUCGUGUUUGUGUGUGUGUUUGUAGAACAAAAUGCUACUUCACCAAGUCAGAAAGUUCUGUUUAUAAUUUGCUCUUCAAGCCAAAAAAAGGAAAAAACAAAACAAAGCAAUACAUUUUAGACCAGCUUAGACCUUUUGAGAUGUAAGCACGGACAUUUUCUGUAUUCCCUACCACAAAGGCUUUGGAUGCUGAUUUGCAGAAAUGGAAUUAAAAACAAGGUCUAAAAAGUGUUUCAGCAUCAGCUGACAUGUUGAACAUAUUAUUGUGCAUGAAUGCUUUUCAUGCAUCUGCUUUAAAGUUGUUCAUUAAAGUUUGCACUCUUAAGAAUCAA